AUGCACAGGUUUUUGCGAUGCAAUGAGGUCGAAAAACUUGUUGGAAACAGUGAAAAGUUAUCAAAACUCCCCGAGCAAAUUGCUGGAAAUACAAUAUACGUGCUACAACCAGAACAAAAAAUCAAAGAUGGUUAUAAAUGGGUGAAUUACGGGGUUAAAACAGCAAAAGAAAAAGGUAUUCCAAUAUUUUACGCACAUUAUUUUAUAUCCGAGAAUGAUUCGAAUAAGAACGAUCCAUUUAUCGAAAAAUUUACAAAAAAAGUAUAUAUUGCAAUUCAAAACCCGCUGAGUGUGAUUGUUCAGUACAUUGGAGAUGAAGCGAAAGGCAUUGUAUCACAAAGAGUAACACCGAAAUCGAUUUUAAACCUUAUUGACGAGAAAGUUCAACAUACAGAACCCUCUACUGUUUAUUGUCAAAUGAUUGGCUCAAGUGAAGGUAUAACAACUGUUCAAAACAAACGCCAAAUCGAAUAUCGUCGCCAUAAAUAUUUGCAAUAAUUGAAACUAUCACAAGACGAGAUGCACAAUGUUGAUAUGAUCGGAAUCGAAAAUAAAACUUUUGUUCAUUUGAUGUUGAUGUUACCUUGCUUUGUUAUGGUUUGUGGUCAUUUGAAAAGUAUCGAAAUUUUCAACAAAUUACUUCAGAUAACAACAACAACCAUCUUAUUAUCAUAUGACACCAUAUUUCAGUUAACCGAUGGAUACGUUAGGUACGUUCUUUGUAUCAUCUACUUGAGUUCAACUAUCGUAUAAGGGAUUAUUAUAAAAGUUCUAUCUUUAUACUCCACAUGCCGUAUACGGCAGAAGCAGUAUACAUUGUGUUUCAUGAUUUUAGUUCAUUAAUCUAUCGUCACAGUGGCUUUGUUAAUGCACCAUGUAUCCCGUUGAUGUACAUGAUACACGAAACAAAAGAAGCUUUAUGUCAUACUCAAUUGGUGCAAACUUUGAAAUCACUGGGCGUUAAACUAGGCAAAAAUUGCGUUAUCGUUACGGAUAACGAGAAAUCCUUUAAAAGAUGUUUCCAGGAGGAAUUUCCAGAUUUGUUGCAGUUACACUGCUGGAACCAUUUAUUCAAAAAUAUUUACAAAAGAACAAUCAAAAAUCGAAAAAAAUCAUAGGCUCCAAAGAAAGAUGAAGAACAAAACGGUGAACCAGUUGGUAAAUAUUACGGAAAAGAUAAAUCAAAACAUAACUUUUUCGAAAACUCUUUUCUACUCUUGUAGAUACCAAUCCACAAUUAUCAGC